AUGGCUCUUACAAAGAAAAGCCAAAGUAUGAUUAAUAUGUUCAUAGAUGAUAGUAUAGAUGACAUAGACGACGGCUUUCAUUCGGCUCCAGUAACAAGAGAAAAUAGACAUGAUGUGUCCUUACAGGACGACGAUGAAGACGACGAUAUACAAGAUGUAUCUUCACGAGAUGACCUAAAGUUCCAUGUAAGUGAUGAGAACAUUGGCCUAAAUGCAAUCGACGAUAAAAAAGUAAUGAUAGACAAAGAAUGGAAACACUUAGAAGAUAAUAUUGCCAAACAGGAGUCUGAUUUGGUUAUAGUCAAAGCUGAAGAUAUGAGAUUUGAUAGUGCUUCCGAUUUAUUUAGUUAUACGGAUAUUGGAGAACCUCAGAAAGAACAGUAUCUGACGAUUGAUUUUAGUCCAGAAAAGGGCGUGGACGAUGAUCGUGAACUUUUAGAAAAAUGUUCGAGUUUCUGGAAGUUUAUAGACCAGUAUCCUGAACUACAGUCACUGAGAGCUGAACCAGACAAUCAUGAAGACCUAGAGGACGCAUUUGUUCAGCAUUCACCUUCCAUCAGCUCUAAAACUUCGGUAGAAAUAGGAUCAAAGGAAAUUGACAUGAAGAGUUGUUCUUCUUCUACUUCAUUUAUGGCUUUACCCUGGCUGAAGAAACAAGGCACGUAUUAUGCUGAUACCCUAACUAGGUUUAGUAAUACGAUUUUAAGACAAGACUCAUUUAUGCCUGUUUUCACUAAUGAUUUAAGAGAUACGCUAAGCUGUUGCCUUAGGUUGUCGUAAAGAUUUCGUGAAU